GCGGGUGACGUCGGCGUGUCGUGUCGGUCGUUCAAAUCAAAUUCGUAUUUGUAAACAAUAACAAACAAAAUUAAUACCAAAAGAAAGUAAUUAAAAAAUGUGCUUACCGCGAUAACAAAUAAUUAAUAUAUCAUUAAAUUUUCUUAGUUCCUAGGAAUGAAUUAAAAAAUGUCUAUUUACGAUAUAUUUGUGAUGUAAAACAUGGCAGUGUAUUUAUUUGUGCUGAUACUCGUGUUCGCGUAUUUGUCGGGCGUGGUAGAAGUAUUGGAUAAUGGAUUGGCUCGGCGGCCCCCCAUGGGCUGGAUGUCGUGGGGCUACUACAUGUGCGGCGUCGAUUGUGACAACAAUCCACAUAAAUGUCUCGAUGAGAAGCUAAUAUUGUCUGUGGCAGACAAGUUCUACACAGAAGGUUACCAAGAAGCAGGUUUUGAGUACAUUAUCAUUGACGACUGCUGGUCUGAGAAGGCAAGAGAUGACAACGGCAGACUUGUAGCUGAUAAGAAGAGAUUCCCUCGUGGAAUGAAGUAUAUUGCUGAUUAUAUACACAAAUUGGGUCUAAAGUUCGGCAUGUACACAAACAUAGCUACCAAAACGUGUAUGGGAUACCCCGGCUCAAGAGGUCACUUUGAGGUGGAUGCUAAAAUGUUUGCAGAGUGGGAUGUCGAUUAUUUGAAAGUAGACGGCUGUUUCGUUAAAGAAGAUUAUCUAAAUACAGCGUACAUAAAGCUGGGCGCGCAUUUAAACGCCACCGGCCGGCCCAUGGUGUACUCGUGCAGUUGGCCCUAUUACAUACAGUUCAUACAUCACAAAAAGCCGGACUAUGGUGCGGUGUCCCGGCACUGCAACGUGUGGCGCAGUUACCACGACGUGGCGACGUCAUGGCCCGUCGUCAAGGCGAUCAUCGCCCACUACGCAACGCAGUACGAGCAUCUGUACAGGUUCCACGGCCCGGGACAUUGGAACGAUCCUGAUAUGCUCAUAUUCGGCACAAACUCGCUGACAGACAGCCAAAGCCGCGUGCAUAUAGCAGUAUACGCAAUGCUGGCAGCACCUUUGCUGCUAAGCUGUGACAUGAACAGUUUAAAUACGUAUGAGAAGAAACUUUUACUCAAUUUGGAUCUCAUCGCCAUCGCUCAAGACCCCCUGGGGGUUAUGGCGAAACCUUAUGUAUUGCAGUACUCAGUAACUUUGUGGGUGAAACCGCAUUUACCGAGAAAAGGUGACAAAUACCACUCUGUCUCUUUCGCACUAGUCAAUUUAUCCAAAGACGAAACUACUGUCUCUUUCAUUCCGGGACAUUACGGGUUGAAUUCCACUGAUGGAUAUACUGUAAUGGAUAUUUUCGCCCAAGUGUUCAUAAAGAAUAUCUCGUUAAGCGACUCGUUCCAAGUAUCCCUGUCGGCUGAAGAUUCAUUGAUUUAUACAAUGUUUCCAUUAUGACACAUUUAUCAGUAAGUUGAAGACUAUAUACAUAUUGAAGAUGGAAAAACUGAAGUAUUUAAGAGAUGUAAUAUAUCAAUGCUACUCGAAUAUCCUCUACUAAUUUAUGGAAUGAUCAGGAAGAAUAUACACAUUUUGUUGUGAGAAUUAAAUAUUUUUUCUGUUCCUCCUUCAUCGAGCCAUUAGCCAUGUUGAUUGACACAAUCGGCUACAUACAAAUAAUAUUAAAACUACCUACUU